UGUACAUUUCCCGUGGCUGCCGGCCCAGGUCGGGUAACAAAAAGCGCCGUCUAAUAUGAAGGCGGCUCCGCCGGUUACAAAUCUCGCUCUCCCAACUUUUAAUACUCUCUACGGUCUACUCUAAAUCAGUCGCAGUAUUGAUUAACAUUGACAUACGAAGACGCUUAGUAAAUCUGCUCAUCCUCGAAGACUUCAACAGCUAUUCCCCAUUGCUCAAUCGAUCUCUCUUCCGUGGCAUUCAAGUGCCAAUGAUGUCCGAGAAGGCUACGGGAGAUCUUAAUAUACUGCCUGCAGCUGGGAAGAUGAAUGAAAGCUCCAGUAAUGGAAGCAUAUCGAAGACACAGGCUGAGCAUGGUGUUGAAAGAUGUCAAGAAAAUGACAAAGAGAAAACUGCUCCCGUAGUUCAAGCUGCUAUUAAUGGAGAUGUCAAGCAUAACUCUGGAACAGAAGCAGGAAAUUCAGAAGUUGAAUACAUUGAGUCAGAGAAUCUAAAUGAUGUUGAAGAUGUAGAUACGAGCCUGAAGACACUCUUGGCGGGUCUGGACUCCAAAGACUGGGUUUUGGUGUGUGAGGCACUCAAUGAUGUACGCCGUUUGUGUAUAUUUCACAAAGAAACUAUGCUUGACAUGUUGGAAAAGGUAAUCUCCCUAAUUGUGAAAUCACUGAAAAACCCAAGAAGUGCUGUUUGCAAAACUGCAAUUAUGACAUCUGCUGACAUUUUUAAAGCAUAUGGUGAAAGCAUAGUUGAUUCAAUGGAUCCAAUGCUUGUUCAACUUCUUCUGAAAUCGUCGCAAGACAAACGAUUUGUUUGUGAGGCAGCUGAGAGAGCCUUAAUAGCGAUGACGACUUGGGUGGCUCCAGUUCUAUUGUUACCUAAGCUUCAACCUUAUCUAAAAAAUAGAAACCCUCGAAUUCGAGCAAAGACAUCAAUGUGCUUCUCCAGAAGUGUACCAAAACUGGGAGUUGAGGGAAUUGAAGCUUAUGGUCUUGACAAGUUGAUCCAAAUUGCUGCAUCUCAGCUUAGUGACCAACUUCCUGAGUCUAGGGAAGCUGCCCGUGCUCUUUUAUUGGAACUGCAAAGUGUCUAUGAGAAGAAAACCACAGCAGUGACCGAAGAAGAUCAAGAAGCAAUUUCUUGGGAGCAAUUUUGCCAAUCAAAGCUCUCGCCCUUGAGCGCUCAAGCUGUCCUUCGAGUGACCAAUGUUCCUAGGGAGGGUCUUGUGCAGGGAUCCUAACAAAUUACACAAGCUGUAGCAGAAUUGAAAAAGGAUGGAAGGUAGGUUAAAGCUGAUGAGAAGAAAAGCGCUGUGUAUUUGGUGUUGACGUGCCGGCACUGGUAAGUUUCACUUUUAAAGCCACACUAAUCAAGAUAAAAAGUGAAAAUUGUUUAUUAUGUAACGAUUAGUUCUCUUUAGUAUAUUGGAUAGGUAAGAAAUGACGUUAACUUGUUAUUUAGUUCUUUCAACAAUGAAGGAAGUCUUAGUCCUCAGUAAUACGGAGUUGGACUUUGUAAUAAGGCUGUGCGUAUCAAAUGAAAACACAAUGACGGAGGACACACACAUUGACAUUGAAAGUUUACCGACCAUAAUGAUCAAAACAUAAAUUUUGUAUUUGAA